GUGGAGAGCGUGGGUGGUGGAAAAAGAGGCUACCGCGCACGCAUACUCGGCGAGGCUCGCAGCCAGCCAGCCUUUUUCCCGUCGUCCUUGGCGUGAGGAGAGGCACGAAGCGCGUGCUUAGCGUCUUGCUGCUGCUCGUAGUUCUCUCUCUUUACUCUUCUUCGAGGAUGAGGAGGCCGGCCAUCGUUUCUUCCUGAUUGUGGCGCGUUGGGCAGUCAGUUGGGACCCGCCAGUACUUUAGGUUUUCUCUGCAGUACAGUGGAUACAAUUUGUUAUGGCUACUCUGAGUGUUAUAGGUUCAAGUUCACUUAUUGCCUCUGCUGUAUUCCAGAAUAUACAGAAAUCUCCUGAGGUAAGGCCACUCUUUUAUAUGAGCUUUUCUGACCUCCUCCUGGGGAUAUGCCGGCUCAUUGAGGCACUUCUCUAUGGAACUUCAGCAGCCAAUAAGGACAUUGUUUGCUAUAACCUGCAAGCAGUUGGACAGAUAUUCUACAUUUCCUCAUCUUUUUACACCGUCAAUUACAUCUGGUAUCUGUACAAAGAGCUGAGGAUGAGACACAACCAGAGUGGACAGAACACAUUUGCACUGGUUGUAGAUUAUACUUGUCAUGUUGGUCAAAUAGCCAUCAUUUUGUCAAGCCUGAUACCUCUGCUGUUGAUGAUACCUGUAUUCUGUCUGGGCAAUGUCAGUGAAUGUUUCCGCAACUUCAGUCAGAGCCACAGGUGUAUUCUGAUGUAUUCACCACCGUCAGCCAUGGCUGAACUGCCUUCUGUCAACACAUCAGUCUGUACCACUCUUUAUUUUUAUGGGAUCACCAUUUUCCUGACCAGCUUUCUCCUCAGCCUCCUUGCUAUUGUGGUCUUACUCAUCCAAACCCAGACCCUAUAUAAGAAGUUUGUGAAAUCGACUGGCUUUCUGGGGACUGAACAGUGGGCAGUAAUUCACAUCAUGGAACAGCGAGUGCGCUUCUAUCCAGUGGCCUUCUUUUGCUGCUGGGGCCCAGCCGUCAUUCUGAUAAUCAUGAAGUUGACUAAGCCACAGAACACGAAGCUUCACAUGGCCCUCUGUGUUCUCCAGGCUCUAACAGCAUCAUCCCAGGGUCUGCUCAACUGUGGAGUAUAUGGCUGGACACAGUACAAGUUCUACCAACUAAAGCAAGAGGCUCGGCGUGAUGCAGACACCCAAACACCAUUAUUAUGCUCACAGAAGAGAUUCUAUAGCAGGGGCCUAGAUACAGUGGAGUCUACCCUUGCUUUUGCUACCAGCCCUCCACCAUUCUUUGAAACUGUAAUACUGGAACAUCCAGGAACCGGAGUUAUUCCACACUAAUGGAUUGGGAAGAGUGUUGGGGAACAUCUCCAGUCUUUUCCAACCAUGCCUUGAACUAUGGAAGGGAAAGAGGAUGUAGUGCGUGGUUAGUGGCUUUUCUCAUUGAAUUGGGCAGGAUAUCUCCAGUAUUCUCAGAUUCACUUGUGAUUCUCAAAGUCUUAUUCAGAGAGGUGAAGCCACUGUCCUAUGAAAUAGACUCCUAUUACCUCAGUGAAUAUUAGAUUUGUUUAAAUCUCUUGUAGAUAAAUUCUAGGUUAUUAUUUAUAUGUGCCCUUUCCAGGCUCUCUACUCUGUGAUUGUGGGGGAAGUGGGGUGACAUACAACAACUUGCUCAGAUUUUGCCAGUAUUGUUACUCUAAGACCAGACAAAGAAAAUCCUGGGUUUCUGUUCUUUGAAGGUUUCUGAGACUCAGAAGAAACAAAGACAAUAACUACCAAAAAAGUGACCGUGGGAUCCUCAGGCACAUCCUACUCUGUUAUUUGCUCAGUGCUGUUUCAAGUCUCAACAGUAGGGACCAUCUGCUCUAGAAAAUUAAGGCCAAUCUUACGAAGUUACAGAGGAUAAUAAGAUUUAAGAGAAAUCAGGAUUAAAAGAAACUUUAGAUAUCAAAAACUCUCAACUCCAUUUACAAGCAGAAGUCCAAAGAUAGGUUUCAUAGUGCCUGAACAUAGAAUUAGGUUGAACCAUGUGAACUUGCCAUUUUUAUAGGUGAAGAAGGCCUAAUAUCAAUUUUACAUGGUUCGACCUACUGCUAAGUGCUAAAUGUAUGUUUAUAGAAAAAAAAUGAACGAACAAGUGAAUGAAUGGCUAGUAAGGAGAAUUUGAACCUUUUGGGAAAGAAAAGAUUUCCAGCCUGCAGAGUCACAUUCAUAGUAGGAAUGUCUAAUCCGUUUCUUUAACUAUACAAGUGAUGUUUGGUCUCUCCAGUUGAGUCAUGAACAAGUCUGAGGCCAGGGCAUCAUAUACUAUGAUGCCCAAAGAAAGAGGAAAGCCAAGUGGACAAAGUGGCUGGAAUGAGAAUCAACUACAACACCUAGAGUUAAUAAUCAGAUGCUUCUCACCUGAUAUACUCCUUUGGUUUGUCCAAGGAAAAAUCCUUAAGAUUAGAGAAAAUUUACAGAGUAGAUUACAGUGGGGGAUUAGACAGGAUGCUCUGAAACGUAAGUUCCAGAGAUCGUUCCAAAGGAACUCUCUACAGAAAUGUUAGGGAGCUCACAGUAACAGCUUAAACAUUAAAAAAAAAAAAUCACGUCUUGAGGCCUCUCAUUGCCCCAGAGCUCUGGAGACCUGAUUUCUGGAUAGCACAGAACAGGAAAGAUUGCUUCACCAAGGGAGCUGCUUUAACCUCUUUUAAUUUAAAAAUGAAUAAGUAUUUGACAUUUGAAGAGACAGAUGGAAAAAAGAAAGAAUUCCUAUUUCUAUAGACCUUGAGGGACACCAGAACUACAGAGUCCAAUUGUUAAAAAGUCCUUUUAGUGUCACUUCAUAUUUGGCUUUAUUACCAGAAAGAGGGUAAUUAUCAAAUGUUUGUCAAGUUUGUUCAUCUUGCUUCUCUGAUGAAUUUUUAAAUUGACACUGGUCUUACAUCUUCUAUAGAUGUAAGCAAAUAAAUAGAUAGUAGGAAUGAGGAAUUGUAAAAGACUAGGCAAGAUCCAGAUUAGUAUCAUCAGCUUUUUAUCAUACUGAGAAUCAGAGGGGACACGUAGAACUGGGCCACUAUUCAAACUGUCCCCAUAACCUUCAGAUUCACAUGUAGGAAGGGUAUAGACAGAUAUAGUGGCAGUUCUUAAAAUUGUUGCAAAUACCCCUCCAUGACACUUGUCCAGGCUGUAGUCAUAAUGGAGUAUAGUGGUUUUAUCUAAGCAGGUUUGAUUAAUAUAGAUUUUCUGUGGACCACUUUGGGUACCAUCCUUCAUCUCCCUGUCAUCAAUUCUGUCUGUGGCUUCAAAAAACUGUGCAUUCCAAUACCACAUGUCCCACAUGGGGAACUGGGUGUUUGAUGUUUUUCAGUUCAGUCAACAGCUUUUCACAUUUUGCAUCUUUGGCCUUGCAGUUAAUGAAGAUCUUAACCAUCCCUUUAGAUUCACUGCCACAGUUUCUAAACCUGCUACUCUUGGUAUUCGGGUAAUGAUAUCAACUUUCUAGGCAACCUUUGUGUCCUUUCCAAAGAUUUUAACACACUGAUUCUCUGUGCUUUAACACCAGUCCUGCUAACAGUAACCUCGUUCUUUUUAAGGUGUGCUGUCUUGCUGGUAGAUAUCUGUCUGGCACCACCUUGAGGUGCCAUUACUGUGUUCUGGGAGGUCACACUCAUCUACACUGAGGCAGCACUUUCUACCUUUAGAAAUAUGCAGGUUUUGGAGAAGGAUCCAAGUGUGCAGUCUGAAACCUUUCUUCAGCUGGCAUGAGGGCAGACAACAAUGAUCCUUUUAACAAUCACUGCCACAAUCACAUUCUUUUCCUUUAUUGUCUUUUUUUUUUUUUUUAACAAUAUGGCUUUCCAAAGGAGCUUUAGAGCUCAGGUUUAUUAAACAGACAGUUCCCUCAGUGCUUGUACAACAGCUGGUGGAAGUUGUCAAAGCUGCAGUUGCUGAAGCCCAUAUCUACAGUAAGAAAUUCAUGCAUAGGGCAGAGGUUCUGGCUAUGACACUUGCAGGCCACAUGGUCAUGCUUCAUUCCCAAGUUUUGGCCAAGCUCAUGAGCCACAAAAGCUGUGAAAUGUGGUAUAUUUUCAUGAGAUAAGGAUUCAGUACUGGUUGCAUUCUCAGCACUGCAGAUAACAUUAAGAAAUGCAUGGUCCUCGUAGUUCCCAAGACUUUGGCUUAAUGAUCAUAUGAGUAACAUUAUGCUUCACCCUUCUCAAAAGAUGCCAGUCUGUCUAGCAGUUAAAAAUUUGAAGUGUUUCUUACAAAUUCAGGGAGAUUUUCUGGUUUCUCUGUGUCCAUAUCUUUAACCCAGUAAGUAAUACUGUCACGUUUACUUCCUUCAUGUACCAGUUAACCAUAGCAUGAACAUCCAUUACCAUCUGUGUUGUCUUGGUAACAUUAUUCCACAUUUGGAACUGCUUGUUGUCAACCAUAGUAAACAUUUCUGCAUACUUGGGAAGUGACUACAUUUAGGACAUUGGAAACGAGGAGGGUUCUAUUUUGCUGUGAAAUUGUGAAGUGGUUAAGAGCUCCUCCUGUUCAUCUCCACUGACUACAUAAGACUAACCUGAUUUUAAAGAUAUGCUGAAAACCAUAUGCCCAAAAUUCUUUGAAGUGUAUAUAGGUUUGAUGCCAAAGACAAUGUCAUGUAAGACAAUGUAAGGUCAGGAUUCCCUUUAUAGCCCAGCAAGUGCUGAUAAUAACAAGAGAAUGCAGGUCACCCUCUGAAUACCCAGUCGUCCUGAAUAAAAGGCAUGAUCCAAGCUUAGUUUUUCAUUUUGAUGUUUAUAAACAGAGAAGUUCUUGACAAAUAUCCCUAAACCUUAUCAAUGACGAUUUGAUUUCAUAGAGGAAAGGGCAGAAGGGAGGCAAAAUAACUAGGGUUGUCAUUGUCAUGGCCCAGUUGGAGCAACUAAUGAUCCUGCACUUCUGUCUCAGUUGCGUUCCCCAAGAUCCAGAUCUUUGUCCACGACACAGUUGUUUGGCCAAAGCUCAAAGCUUUGCUGCCUGUCAGAAGGAUAGCUGCCCCAAGCCUGAACAUUACAUGAUGACAUCUGCUAUUUGAUUGUGCCUCCUCCUACUCUUGCUUUGCUCUGUCUUCUCAGUAGUGUCCUUACUUUGUAACCCUCAUCAAAGCACAACAAUUGUGCUGCUUAGCUGAACUCCUGCUGUCUUUAUAGAGGAGUAUACCAAGGAGAGGAAACUUUCAGAGGUCCUGCCAAUACUGUUACUCAGCAUCAAGCCCCAAGGAAAGAAAAAGAUACAACCUUCUUCCUUUAGUCCUAGUCGUAGUCCUCAUGGGACAGUCUUCCCCUCCUGUCAUUCAUUGUUCUUUUGAGUCAUUGAAACCAAAGGUUUCAGGAGCAGGGGUUUGUGGAUCUCCGGGUAGGUCACAGGCCUCUGCUGUUGAAUGCAUUUUGCAUCAUUCCCUACUCUGUACUCUACAGCCCUUUUCAAACCCUCAGUCCUUUUCUUUCUCUUUCUUUCUUUCUUUCUUUCUUUCUUUCUUUCUUUCUUUCUUUCUUUCUUUCUUUCUCUUUCUCUGUCUUUCUGUCUUUCUUUCUCAUGAUAUGUUUAUUGGUUUCUUCCUAGAAUACAUGAAAAGUGUUUUUAGAAUAACUAAUCCAUGCCUCUCUGAAAAGCAGGUAUAUGGGGGUGCCUGGGUGGCUCAGUCAGUUGAGCGUCCAACUUCAACUCAGGUC